AAAGCUAAAGCUUCUCUCUAAUAUUUUAACCAUCCUUCCUUAUUUCUUUGGAAUCUCACUGCCAAGCCUUUUUAAUGUUUUCGUACAUAGAGACAGACAGGUACGUGAGGAACUCAAGAAUCUUCACUUCCCUUUUUUUCUUUUUCUUUUUUAAAAAAUACCCACAUUGCACAGUCCUUACCUUCUUUUCGAGAUUAUCCUUAGUUUUAUAUUAUAUCCUAAUCCUUGGGUUGAAAGGCAAAAAACAAAUCAAGAAACCCGAGGCCUCUCAGCUCCUAUAAGUUCAAAGCAUUGCACUGGACCUAAAAGAGCUCACAAAGAAAGCUAAAAGGGUCCUUUCUGCUUCUAGGAGAGAGAAAGAACUCCAUGGAUUCCAAGAAAUCUAACAAGAUCAGGGAAAUUGUUAGGCUUCAACAAAUCCUCAAGAAGUGGAGGAAAAUGGCAACUUCAUCUUCAUCCAAAGCUACCGCCACCACCAGCAAUGGCAGUAAAAGCAUCAAGUUUCUAAAAAGGACGCUUUCUUUAUCAGAGAACUCUGCUCGUGAGACAUCAAGCAAUGCCGUUCCAAAAGGCUCCCUGGCCGUUUGCGUUGGAGAAGAGCUCAAGAGAUUCAUAAUACCAACAGAGUAUUUGGGGCAUCCUGCAUUUCACUUAUUAUUAAGAGAAGCAGAAGAGGAAUUUGGGUUUCAACAGACAGGCGUCCUAAGAAUUCCUUGUGAAGUUGCUGUCUUUGAGAGUAUCUUGAAAGUGGUGGAAGACAAGAAAGAUGUUUAUUCCGUGCAGGAGUUUACUCUUGGACAUUGCUCAUCCAAAAGCCAUCAAACUCCAUCUCACCAUCCUCAAAGCCCUAUGUGCAGAUAGCCAUCCAUUUUUGUCUUCACCUCAUUCCAUUUUAUCUUGCUCUUGUUUCUUUUUUUCUUUCUUCUGGAUGAGGCCAUGUAUGUGAGAGAUGAGAGCUGUAAUAAGUUUUCAGAAUUGUAAGAGAUAUAUUUGAGAAUUAGAGAAGAACUUUAAGUUACUAACCAAUUUCAAGAUCCCCUUCUUUAUUUA